AUGGAUUCACCCUUACAAGAAUCAUCAUCAACGUUAUCAUCAAUAUCAGGUAUCCAUUAUUUAUCAUCACCUACCAGUUCAUCUAAACCUAGCAAAUUACCUAAGAAAUAUUAUUGUAAGAUUUGUAAUCAAGGAUUCACAAGGAAACAUAAUAUGGUAAGUCAUGAAUUAAUCCAUUCAUCAAGUAAACCUCAUGUAUGUAAUGUUUGUGAUUUAACAUUUCGAAGAAUUCAUGAUUUAAAAAGACAUGAGAAAUUACAUACGGGAGAGAAACCAUUUAUUUGUACGAGAUGUGAUCGGAAAUUCGCUCGACCAGAUGCAUUAACUCGACAU